CUUGCUCCACGUCAACAUGAUUUCAAAGCGAGCCUUUCUCUGCAUUAAUGGCAAGAUGAUGCGCUGUGUACAUAAGGUGAGCGACAUGUAGGUGUUCUCUUCCUCUCAUCACUGCUCUUCUUCCUUGACGCCGCUCAAUCCUUCGCGUCUCUCUUUUCCAACUUCAGAUAUCGAUCCAACAUGGCACCCACAAUCCUCGUCAUUGGCGCAACUGGCAACACAGGUGCAGGCGUAGUCCACUCGCUGCCCGAAUUGCUCAAGAAGAGCGAAUCCCUGUCCAACCAUCGCAUCCUCUGUCUCACCCGAACAAUCGGCAGCGACAAAGCAAAGAAGCUCGCAAAGCUUCCUGGUGUUGAGUUCGCCGAGAAGAACUGGGUUGAGAUCGAUGACGCUUGGCUCAAGGAGCACAACGUCGACAGAGUCUUCCUCGCCUCAGCCGUCGACCCAGCUCAAUUCGCAAACGAAAGUCAGUUCCUCGUCAACUGUCUCAUCGCUGGCAUCAAGUAUGUCGUGCGCAUUUCCACCACGGCUGCCAACGUCACCUCCGACUGUCGAGCUUUCUACCCGCGCAACCACUGGGCUAUCGAACAGCUUCUUAGCUCGCCGGAGUUUGAAAAGCUGGCAUGGUCAUCUCUCCAGCCUAACGUCUUCUGGAGUUUCGUCUUUGGGCCAGCCGCCGGCUUCAUCAAGAACUAUCGCGAGACUGGCAAGCAGAGCACCUUGUCAAUGAUGAUCAACGCCGACGUAGGUGUUGCACCCAUCGAUGCAGAGGAGGUCGGUAAUUUUGCCGCUACCCUGCUUGCACAGGAUGACGUGACUUCCCACAACAAAAGGAAGUACGUCUUGAACGGACCUGAAGACAUCACAGGCAACCAGAUCGUCGAGCUUGUUGAGAAGCAUGUCGGCACCAAGGUUGAGAAGGUAGCCUUUGGGGACGUGUCCUUCAUCGACACUACGGCCGAUCAGGCUCCUGACAACAAGCACCUCAUAAAGUCAAUCAAGAACGCUCCUCGCACUUCGUGGGAAGGAAAGGCCAAGGCCGAAACGACGAGCAAGGAAGUGCUAGAUUUGUGUGCACCCAAGCUCACUGGCGCUGAAGCCCUGGAGCAAAUGCUGCAAGAGUAGACCGCCAUUACGUAGUCUCG